AUGUCUCUAAAAGUCUUUGUUAAUGUUUGUUUUGUAUGGUCUUCUGGAGAACCACAGCAGAGACUGAUUGAUGAAAUUGUUUUGGAGCCAUCUGUGGUGAUUGAACAAGGAGCUGAACUUUUAAAAGAAUCCUUGGAGAGCUAUCUGAAAAAGAAUGAAGAAGUUGCAGCACAACAAGUUCAAGGAUCAAGUGCUCAUGUUGAAAAAGUUACAAGAGUUGAAUCAGAGAUUGAAGAUCUGGGAAAUCCAACAACUCUUGGAAGGGGGAAAGCACAGCUGAAAAAGAAACCUUUAAAGAAGAAGAAAACAUCAGAUGAAGAAGAUUCGCCUUAUGUACCAGAACAGCCAAAGAAACAAGUAAAGAAACUAAAGGCAGUUCAAGCUGGUGUAAUCCGAAGAAACGUUAGAGCAAAGAAAGCUGGAGCAGAACCGUCUAAAGAAAACAGAGGAAAAUCAGAAAAGCAUGUUCAAAAACCAAAAGAACUUGAAGUUGAAACCAUAAAGAAGCCAGUAGCUGAAAAAGAAACUGGUGAUGAUGAUUACGUAGAAAUCAUAAGAUCAAAAGCUGCUAGUCCACGUCCUAAUCCUCAAGAUAAACCAGGACCGUCACAUCAUAAAGAUCCAAAGUAUGAUUACAUUUUCGAAGGUCUUCCAGAAGCAACAGGAAUUUACACAGAAGAUAUGCCUGAAGAAGACUUCGACAUGUUCAAUGAUCAAGUAGUCAAAGAGCUAUUGCAGAAGGUCAACAAGCUAGAAAAAGAAAAGGCAAAAACAGAAUUGGAACGCGAUAUUCUCAAGAAACAGGUUGACAAAUUGAUGAAAGCUCAUGAUCAAAUUAGAGAAGCAUUGAUAGAGCAAGAAGAAUCUAUGAACAAAAUGAAGGAUGAUAUUCAUGAUAAUUCUAAGAUGUUUAAAUUAUUGAUGCUUGAGAUCUCGUCAUUGAAUGUUAAGAUAAAGAAUCUGGAGGAUGUGAACCAAACUUUAAAUCAGCUUCUCAGUGAAAUGAGUGAAGCUUCGUCAAAUGAAAUGAAGGCGAUGAAGCUAGAAAUAGAAGCUAUGAAGGCUGACAAAGUAGUGAAAGAUGAACAAUAUCAGAUGCUAUGCGCUGUUAUGGAAAGUCACUUGAAAAUGAAUAUUCAUGCUGCAUUUGAAGAGAUAGAAGUGAGAAAAGCAAAUGAAAGAAGAAUGGAGCUUGAAAGGCGUCUAGCUGAAGAAGCUACUCAAAAGAACAAAGGUGUGAUUGAUGAGACUCAUGUAGCUAGUGGAUCAUCAAGCCAACCCGAAAUUGGUGGUUCAUCAUCUCAACCAGAUAUAGAAAUGGUUGAAGCUGAAGAAGUUCAGGAACCAGACUACAUGAUAGUUGGUGAGUCUUCUGAGCCUGUUGAUAUUGAUAAUAUUUUUAGAAGGGUUGAGGUUAUUCAGAGAAAAAGAAAGGCAAGAGAAGUGUUGCUGCUAGAAUGGAAGACACAACAAUUUGUGUUGGUUGGUGAUGCUUAUCUUGUGCCAUACAAUGCAAAAGAAGUGGCUCGACUUCUAAAGAUUUUUAAACUGAAAAGAAAGGGAAAGAUAGCUCGUGGUGAGAUAGUUGAUGAAGACUCUGAUGAAGAGUUGUUUGGUGAUGAAGAAGAGGAAGAGGAAGACAAUGGUGAUGAUCAAAUGGAUGAUAAGCCUGAUGAUGGUAGUGAUAAAGAUGACAAAGGAGAUGAUGACAAUGAUCAAGGUGCUUCUGGGUUAUUAGUCAAAGAUCCAAUUGUUCAAGAAAGAAUAGAAGAGCUACUGAACGACGAAAUCAAUGAGCAAGAGGAUGACGUACAGAAUGAAGCUUCAUCAUCUGGAAAACAACAUGCUGAUCAGGUACUUCUUUCAAACCCAACUGUUAUUUACCUAAAUGUUCCACAAGAAGGAGAGGUAGAGGUGAGAAGAACUAGCGCUGAAAUGCUAGAGGAGUUGGGAUUAGAAGAAGGGAAGUUCAAGUUUGAUAUUGAGGAUGAAAUUCCUCAGUCACCAGCUAAAGAUUUUGAACCAAGAUAUGCCUUUGAAGCAGAUCAUUAUGAUGAUGUAAUUGUUGAAGAUGCUUCAGAUUCAUCUGAAGAUGAAGUUGAUUUUCAUUAA